UCAAUGCUUUCCCUACAAAACUUUAAGUUGGUUGGACCAGUCUUUUUGUAAAAAUAUUUACUGUUUUGCCUCAAAAAUUAAAAUCCAAACCAAACCCACCUCAAAUUUCCUUACAAUUUCAUCAUCCCACACAAGACAGAACUGUGUCUAAUGAAUCCUACACAGGUAUUCAUAACCAAGAAGACGUGUUGUUUGGGAUAUUAUCUAGGGUUAGGUUUUGUAUUUUUAUUAUGUUUGCCGUUUUGUUAAUACAUAUGUUUUUGUAGGUUGCUUUCAAUUUGGGUAUUUACUUGUAUACAAAUAUGUAAUCCUUAUCUGUUUUUGAUGAAUAUAUGUAAUCCUUAUCUUGUGUUCAUGUGAUUUCUUUUCUGGGGGUUUUCCCUUAUUUUCUGAUCCAAUUUUUUCUUGCAGUUUUUUAGGGAUUUUGACCAGGUCAUGCUUGUAUUGUUUUUAUUGAAAGUGGGUUCUGAGUCUGUACUGAUUUUGUUUUGUUUUGUCGAUUAUCAUUCUGUAACCCCAAACUGAUUGAUUGAUGUUUGCUGGGUAAUUUUGGGAAUCUGGGUUAGGGCAGGUUAGAUCAGAUCUGUUGUGUUUUAAUUUGUUAUUAAUUGAUUAAGCUUUAAAUUGACUAUUGUUUUUUGAUUUCACUUUUUAAUCACUUGUCAUGUAUUGGAUUCUUAGGGUUCAUUGAAAUGAUGAAAAUCUAGAACUAUGUUCAACAUCUGGGCCUGAACUGCAUUUGGCUAAAGAAGAUUGCACUCUCUUUUGGGGGCAAAUUAUUCAGAGAAUCUUAAACAAGCGUUUCAGUGAAGCAUUCUCAUGAUGGGGACGGAACUCAUCAGGCAUCACGUUAAAGAAGAGAGCAUGGAUAUUCCUUCGAUUCCACCAGGGUUUGAGUCUCUUACGGCCUUUUCUUUGAAAAGGGUUGAGGAUAGCAAAGUUGCAUCUACUAGUUCUGUUUCUGUGAGUGCUUCUGAAUUGCAGCCAGCCAAGAAGGAACCAGGGCUCGAACAAAGUGAUGAUGAAAAGAUAAAGAGGUCAAUUAGGCGUAGACCUUGGAUAAACUACAGCCAAUUAAAUAGCAGUUCGGGAGACGAGUCUGAAUCUGAGCAGAAUCAAACUUCAAGUGCUCGGAUGACUAAGGGGGUUAUUCGUGGAUGUGAAAAGUGUAGUAACUGCCAAAAGGUCAUUGCAAAAUGGUGGCCAGAAGAAGCUCGAAGGCCCGAUCUUCUUGAGGCUCCUGUAUUUUAUCCAAAUGAAGAGGAGUUUGAAGAUACUCUUAAGUACAUUUCAAGCAUACGUGAUAAAGCUGAAGCAUAUGGCAUUUGCCGUAUUGUACCACCUUCAUCAUGGAAACCUCCAUGCCCUCUUAAGGAAAGUGCUGUAUGGGAAAAUUCGACAUUUGCUACUCGUAUCCAGAGGGUUGACAAACUUCAGAAUCGGGAUUCGUUGAGCAAAAUGUGUAGACCUGGUUGCAAUAAGAAAAGGAAGAAGAGAAGAUGCACGAAAGCAGGGAUAGAUCAAAAGAUUUAUGGAUCGGAUAUUGCAGCUCCUGCUGAUGUGAUGGUUCCUGAAGCUGGUUUUGGUUUCGAACCUGGUCCAAGGUUCACCCUUGGAGAGUUUAAAAAAUAUGCAGAUGAUUUCAAGACCCAGUAUUUCAGAAAAAACGAAAUGAUGACAGAUGCAUGUGGGAACUCUGUUAUCCAAGAUCAGUGGGAACCCUCUUUAGAAAAUAUAGAGGGUGAAUAUUGGCGCAUGGUAGAGAGGCCUACCGAAGAAAUUGAGGUGCUUUAUGGUGCUGAUUUGGAAACUGGUUCAUUUGGUAGCGGGUUCCCAAAAGAAACUUGCCAAGUGUCAGGGUCAGACGAAAAGUACGUUAGAUCUGGUUGGAACUUGAAUAACUUUCCGAGGCUUCCAGGCUCACUACUCUCCUAUGAGAGCAGCGAUAUAUCUGGUGUAUUGGUCCCUUGGUUGUACAUUGGAAUGUGUUUUUCUUCUUUUUGUUGGCAUGUUGAAGACCAUCAUCUAUAUUCGAUGAAUUACAUGCAUUUCGGUGCUUCAAAGAUGUGGUAUGGCAUACCGGGGAAAGAUGCUAUUAAAUUGGAGGCAGCAAUGAGAAAGCAUUUGCCUGAUCUUUUUGCGGAACAACCCGACUUGCUUCACAAACUGGUCACUCAACUCUCUCCAUCCAUACUAAAAUCCGAAGGAGUUCCUGUUUUCCGCUGCAUUCAGAAUCCAGGAGAGUUUAUUUUGACCUUUCCUCGAGCAUAUCAUUCAGGAUUCAAUUGUGGCUUCAACUGUGCAGAGGCUGUGAACGUGGCUCCUGUUGACUGGUUGCCUCAUGGGCAUAAUGCCAUUGAGCUCUAUCGUGAGCAGGGCCGAAAAACUUCCAUUUCUCAUGAUAAACUGUUGCUUGGAGCUGCAAGAGAUGCAGUGAAAGCUCAUUGGGAACUUAAUUUACUCAGAAAGAACACACCUGAUAACUUAAGAUGGAAGGAUGUUUGUGGGAAGGAUGGGAUCCUAUCCCAAACACUUAAGGCGCGUGUGGAAAUUGAGCGUGUGAGGAGGGACUUCCUUUGCAACACUUCCCAGGCGUUGAAGAUGGAGGCAACGUUUGACGCCACAAGUGAAAGAGAAUGUAGUGUUUGCUAUUUUGACUUGCAUCUAUCAGCUGCAGGUUGUCACCAUUGUUCACCCGAUAAGUAUUCAUGCUUAAAUCACGCAAAACAGUUUUGCUCUUGUGCUUGGAGCGCAAAGUUUUUUCUUCUCCGCUAUGACAUCAAAGAUUUAUCUAUUUUGGUUGAAGCAUUGGAGGGCAAAUUGAGUGCCGUAUACAGAUGGGCAAAACUUGAUCUUGGACUUGCUCUAACUUCUUACGUAUCUAAAGACACCUCACGCUCCCCAGAGCUCAAUGGCAAACAAUCGUGCUCCAUUUCAGGAUCACCAGCCAAAGAGGUGAGUUCAGUACCAUCUGUUGCUUCACUGAAAGGGAAAACAGAGAGGGUCCAAGAUUUCUUGAACCCAACUGGGGUUGGUGGUAGGAUGGGUUCAAGAUAUUCAAAGGAAUCAUCAAUAUCGCUUAAUUCUUUACAUGAAGAUGAAACAAAAAAAUCUAGUUCUAAAUGCAAGAAAGAGAUUGCGUCUUCGGCAAACAAGCCUUUGGUUGUUGGAAAUGAUGUUAUAUUGCUUAGUGAUGAUGAGGGUGAGGACUCUUCCCUGCCACUUAAUCAAGCCGUUACGACUGAUCCAGUUUCUGGGCGCAUUGGAAGUGAAGAUCAAGUGAAAGAAGAUGCCCUCAAGUCCCACCCGGAAAACCUUUCUUGCCACAGAGUUUUGUCGGAAAAUACCGUCCCCUCUACUACGAAAUCACAAGCUCUUACAAUUACAAAGGAAUCCAGUAACUUAAAUGGGGAAAAUACAGGUGGGGUGUCUCAGCCGAUACCAAAAUCUGGCGGUGGGAUACUUAACAAUGAGGAAAAAGUUGUAAUUAUUGGAUUAUAUGCUAACUCAAAACCAGCAGACAAUGUACAAACUGCAUCAGGAACUCAGUCUUGCACCCAAAACCAUCCGGAAAGAAACCCUCGCCAGAAGGGUCCUCGCAUUGCGAAAGUUGUCCGGAGGAUAAACUGUCAUGUUGAGCCUCUGGAAUUUGGUGUGGUCCAAUCAGGAAAGUUAUGGUGCGAUAGUCGUGCCAUUUACCCUAAAGGUUUUCGGAGCCGGGUUAAGUACAUAAAUGUUUCAGAUCCUACAGAUAUGUGCUACUACGUUUCAGAAAUUCUUGAUGCGGGAAAGAAUAGACCUCUUUUUAUGGUUUCGUUGGAGAAGCAUCCAAACGAAGUAUUUAUUCAUUUAUCGGCUGCAAGAUGUUGGGAAAUGGUUAGGGAGAGAGUUAAUUAUGAGAUCUCAAAGCAACAUAAGUCGGGAAUACCGAAUCUUCCUCCUUUGCAGCCUCCUGGGAGUCUUGAUGGCAUGGAAAUGUUCGGUUUUUCUUCGCCUUCCAUCUUGCAGGGUAUUCAGUCGAUGGACAGGCAUCGGCUAUGCACAGAGUACUGGGAAUCACGGCCUUUUCACUCUCAAUCCCAUGACCAAGCUGGAAAGUCGUCGUCAAAGAUUCAAGAUCCAAACAAUCCCGAAAACAAUGGUUUGACUAGCGAGGUUGAUACUGUUGUCUCGGGCUUCUUCAAAAAGGCGAAUUUGGAGGAGCUAAACACGUUGUUGAGUGUUUUGAGUAGCAAUGAUUCAACUGGCGGGGUAACUAGACUUCUGAAGAACGAGAUUGGCGGACGCCCGAGAUGACGAUAUGUAAAGAUCUCCUGUUUUUUUUUUUUUCACUUUGUAAAUCCAUUGAUAUGAUCUUAGUAACUGGCAGUUGGAUUCAGCUAACCUGCUUGUUCUUGGCGGUAGGUUUUUUUGUAGGGGUUUUAACAUAUAGAAAAUUGUCGUUGUUUAUGUUCUUUUUUUCUUCGGGAUUAGUAUUCAUUUAAAGAAACCAAGAUUCAUUUU